UUUUUGUUUCUUAACAAAAUUCAAGUUAUAUUAAAAUAAUAAGUGACAUACCUACCAAGAGCCUGACACUUUGUGCUUAUUAUAGCCAUACCAACUGCUGUCACAUUUUGAACUCAACUUAUGGUAUAUGAAAAAAAUUGAAAAAUAAUAUGGGUGCUGCAAGUAGAUACGGUGAAAAUAGCGUCUUAUCACGUUGUACAUCUAUGGAUAUGGAUCUGACCAAAUGCACGAUUGACGUGAUGAUUUUCAAAAAUAUGGAAAAAAUAGUGAAUCGAAUGCAUGAUCCGGUCAAAGGUGUUUUUCUGCGUCGAGAUAUCACUUUGGACUACACACUUCCAUCUGUUUUUACUGGAGCUGAUUUAAUAAAUUGGAUAAUAUAUAAUACAGAAAUUUCAACCACAGAGAAUGCGUUGUACAUGGCAAAUUUAUUGUUUUCGUAUGGAUUUUUUUUUUCUAUUGCUCGUCAGCACACAAAGGUGACAAAUGACGAGCACUGUUACCGUUUUCAAAAAGUCUUUAAAAAAAAAACAAGUGAUGAAGACAAGAAACUUAUCUCUACCCACGAUGAAGAAUUUUUCCGUCAACCAAGAUAUCCGAUCGGAGGCAACAGUUUUGAAUUGCUUGAUUUAGCUCUUACAUAUUGUCAGAGAACAAAUCAACUAAUUUUAAACAUGGCUAACAUGUCAAACUGCGUGAUAUCUCAAAACACUAGUAUCAAAAUGAACAAUUUCAAAAACAAAAAUAAUAAUAUUACUAAUGAAAAUAAUUAUUUCCCGACAAAUAAUGAAAGCAAACUAUCAAUUGGUAGUUCUCAAUCAUUUGAAAAACCUCCUGAAAUAUUCAUCCACAGUGUCAGAAGUGAACAGUUAAUCAACAAUCUAAGAGAAAUUGAUGAUUCUAACAAUUUAAAUUUUAUAGCUUCGUUUAAUCAUUUAAAAAUACAAACGACUCAACUAGAAACUUACAAGAAGAUUAUUAGUUACCUGGAUGGUUAUAAUGUAUUGUAUGGCACGUCAUACCAAUCGCUUAAGAAUACCCAAAAAUCAUUCAAGGUCAUUUUAAGAAAUGUUUUAAGAAAAGUGUUUAACAUGAAACCCAAAAAAACAAAUGUUUCUCUACCAUUGUAUACUAUUGACCUCAAACCAUCAGAUAUAAACGAAGAAAUAUUUAGUAUCGACACUUUUCCAAACAUAGAUGUUGAGUUUGAAGAACCAUACAAAAAAGGUGAUGUUGAACAAUGUAAAAAUUGCCAAGAUUUUGGUCAUUUAUGGCCUGACUGUGUCUUCCCAUCACGCUGUGUUAGUUGCGGAAAGAACCACGCUUCAUCGGAAUGUACCAAACCCAAAAAUACUCCAGCCACGUGUGCAUUAUGCCAAGGUGAUCAUCCGGCCAACUACAAAGGUUGCCGAUUCUAUAAGAUCUUUCAACAUCUACGUCGACAAAUUCCAGAUGACGUUGUUCAGUUCGCACCUCAAGUUCCAAAACAUUUUGCACCUCAAAUCUUCCCAAAUUCAGCUCCCUGUCCAAAGUCUUCUAAUUUUUGGAUGUCUGAGAUACCCCAACCUGGAGAUUAUCAGUAUGCUGUAUACUUGUGCAAAAAAUACAUGGAAGUAAAAGACCUUUCAAGCAUGGCUGGCUAUGAAAUUGAGCGGCUGGAGUAUCUCAAAACGAUUUAUUACAAUGAAUGGAGGAAUAUAAAUAUACAAGCAGAAACUGAAAUAAAUAUGGCUCAUCAAAAAUAUGAUUGCUAUGAAAAAGAAGUGAUGGACACUCAAGAACAAGCAUUUUGGGAUUUACAUAGACCUAUGUCACCAUGUGCUAGUAAGAAAGCUCCGCUGGAUUAUGAGAAAUUACUUAAGUUCAAAGAAUUAAUAGAUUGGGAUGAAGACAAAAUCAUAGAUGGAUACAUUCGAAAUAUAUGCAAUUUAUAA